AUGAGUAGUAAUAAUCUAAGAAAAGGAUUAAUAAAUGAUAGCUUUGAAGAUUUGGGGAGUUUUAUCUAAACCAUAAUACCAGAAGAGAAGAAAACAGAAAGAGAAAAAGCAGGAUUCUUUGGCAAAUUAUUUGUUUCCUGGAUCUAUCCUACAUUGUAAGAUUUUGUGGUUAAUUUUAGAAAAUUAGCUUAAAAACAGCCUUUAGAGAUUGAAUCUAUACAACCUCUUUCAAAGACAGAGAAAUCCUAAUAUCUCUACGAGAAAUUCAAAAAUUAAUUGAUCCUUACUAAAAGAGGUGAUAAUACUUUAUUUAUGGCUUUAUAUCAUACUUUUUAAAAGCAAAUCAUAAUUACAUUAAUUUCGUUAAUAAUUUCAGUCUGUACUUCUGUUGUUAUUCCAAUAAUGAUCAAGAAUAUUAUUGAUUACAUUACAAGGUAAGAAGAAGAUUAUUUUUAUGCUUCAACAAUCAUUACAAUUAUAAUGAUAUCAAGAGCUAUUAAUAUGAUAUCAAAUGCUUAAGCUAGACUAGAGAUUGUAUUUAAAUCUAAUAUUUUAAGAAAUCCUUUGGUUUUGAUGCUUAAUCUGUACUUUCGGUUGAAUUAUUAAGUAAAAGUUUACGAACUUCUUUCUUAAGUAAUUCUAGAUACACACCUGGUGAAGUUAUAAAUUUAAUGUAAGUAGAUGCAGGAAAACUACAAUUUGUAACAUAUUAUUUAGGUGUUGGAUUGUUGGUACCAAUUUAGUUGAUAGUCACUAUAUAUUUGAUGUUUGUUUAUAUUGGAAUAUCAUUUCUUGGAGGAUUUGGAAUAAUGUUAUUGGCAGCUAUUUGGAAUACAUUGAUAGGAAAAUUCUUAAUGAAAUAUUAAUAAACAAUGAUGACAGAAAAAGAUAAAAGAACAAAUUGUGCAAAUUAAAUAUUUUCAUAGAUUAAAUUUAUUAAAAUAAAUGCAUUUGAAGAAUUCUUUAGAGAAAAAUUAUUUAAAUUGAGGUAGGCUGAGAUUGAUAUAACAAGAAAACGGUAUUUUGGAACAGCCUUUUAUGUAUUUUCAGUUUGGUUAAGUCCGUUAUUAAUAUUAUGUGGAACAUUCCUUAUGCAUAUAUUAUUAGGUCAUCAAUUAAGUGCUGGGAGUACAUUUGCAAUAAUAAGUUUAUUUUAAAUGUUAUAAUAACCUUUGUUGUAAUUACCAAUAGCAAUCAAUGAAGUGAUGGCUACAAACAUUAGUUUAUAAAGAAUAUAGAAAUUUUUAUUUACUGAUGAAUUAUAAUCUGAUUGCAUAUAAUUUGACUAUUAUGGACAUGAAAAAUCAUUAAUAAUAAGAAAUGGUAAUUUCUAUUGGUCAGCACUUAAGAAGGAGGAAAUUGAUGAAAAAGAGAAGAAGGAACAAGAAAUCAAAAAGGAUAAGAAGAAACAAAAGAACUAUAAAAUUUUUUAAGUAGAAGAGUAAAAUCAGAAGGAAAAUGAAUAUAAGUAAGUCUUAUUUAAUAUUAAUAUUGAUAUAAAAUAAAAGAAGAUGGUGGGUAUAAUAGGAGAUGUGGGAUCAGGUAAAACAUCAAUCUUAUAGGCAAUAAUAGGGGAAAUGUUAUAUAAUCCUGAGAAUCCUCCUAAAGUUACUAUUGCAGGAUCAUUGGCAUAUGUGGGACAGAAAUAUUGGAUAUAAAAUUUAACUGUAAAAGAAAACAUAUUAUUUGGAUAAGAGUAUUAAGAAUAGAAAUAUUAGAAUGCCCUAAAAUAUUCUUGUUUAUAGUAGGAUUUGAAGAUAUUAAUAAAAGGAGAUGAAACAAUGAUUGGAGAAAAAGGAAUCAACUUAUCUGGUGGUUAAAAAGCUAGGAUAAGUUUGGCUAGGGCUAUAUAUAGUGAUGCUGAGAUAAUAUUAUUGGAUGAUCCAAUCAGUGCAGUUGAUGCUCAUGUAGGUAACUUUAUUAUGAAUGAAUGUUUAAAUGGAUAUUUGAAAGAUAAAACAAGGAUUCUUAUUACUCAUGCUUUAAAUAGUUUAUAGUAUGUAGAUUAUGUGUAUCUAGUUGAAAAUGGAACAAUAAUUGAAUAGGGUACAUUCCAAGAAAUAUAAUAAUCAUCCAGUUUUAAUUCGAUAUUUUAAAAGUUAUACAAAUAUCAAAAUAAUGAUGAGGAGACAAUUGAGUAGAAAGUGGAAGAACUUCCUUAAUUAGCUAAAUAGGCAUCUUAGAAGGAAGAGAACAAGAACGAUUAUAAUAAUGAAUUGAUAUUGGAUGAAGAUAGAGAAAGGGGGAAUUUGGCAUUAGAAACUUAUAAGUAAUAUUUUAAAUUAACUGGGUAUUUUAAUAUAUGUUUGUUGUUUAUUAUAUAAAUUUGUUGGAUAGUAUGCUAUUUUGGUACUUCCAUUUUGAUAGCUCUUUGGACAUCCCAUGCUGAUGAAGAUGAGGAUAUAGAUAAUUAUAAAUAUUUAGAGGUCUAUUUCUAUUUUUCUUUGGGACAAGGAAUAUUUGCAUUUCUAAGACCUUUUUUAUUAGUAUCUGCAGGGAUUAGAACAUCUGAUAAAAUUCAUACAAAAAUGAUAAAGUAAAUAUUAAAUAUUAAAUAAUAGUUGUUUAUUAUAUGCACCUUAAUGUUCAUUUUUUGAAAGAGUGCCUUUGGGUAGAAUAUUGAAUAGAUUAACUAAGGAUUAAAAUUCAUUAGAUAGUGAAGUAUAUUGGGGAUUGAGUUGGUUUUUUGUUUCUAUAAGUUUAUUGGUAGCAAACUUAACUAUUUAUGUAUAUUCAAGUACUGCUUAUAUGUUGAUCCCUUUAUUUUUCUACUUUUGUUUAUGUUGGUGGAUUUAAUAGUUAUAUGUUACAGCAAGUAGAGAAUUACAAAGAUUAGAAUCUAUUUCUAAAAGUCCUAUAGUGAGUUUCUUUGGUGAAUGUAUAAAUGGAUAAAGUUAUGUGAGAGUAUUCAAAAAAGAAAGUAUAUUUAUAUAAAAGCAUUGUGAUAAUAUGGAUGUAAAUCGAAGAGUGUUUUUAGAAUUAAUAGGAUCUUAGACAUGGUUUAUGUUAGUUUUAGGAUUGAUGAGUUUAAUUGUUAAUGCAAUGGCAAUAGUUUAUUGUGUAUUUUAUUCUUUUUCUAAUCCAUCAUUGGCAGGAUUAUUAUUAACAUAUGCAACUUAAAUAGAUAGUAAUGUUUCAGAAUGUGUUCAAUCAUUUAGUUUAUUGUAAUUGGGAUUGGUUUCAUUUGAAAGAUGUUUGGCAUUCACAAAAAUAGAACCUGAAUCAGGAUAUAAAGAAUUAGUUAAUAAUCAUUUAGUAGAAGUAUCUCAUUAAGAGACUUAUUUAGAUCAUUGGCCAAAAGAAGGCAGAAUAGAUUAUAUUAAUUAUUCAGUCAGAUAUAGAGAAGGAUUGAAGCCUGCAUUGAAGAAUCUAAAUAUUACGAUUGAUCCUUAAGACAAGAUUGGAGUUGUAGGUAGAACUGGAGCAGGUAAAUCUACAUUGACACUAACUCUUCUGAGAAUUCUAGAGGCUCUAGAUGGAAAAAUCAUUAUUGAUGAUGUAGCUAUAUCAACUAUUUCAUUAAAAUAACUUAGAGAACAUAUUACAAUGAUUAUGUAAGAUUCAACAAUCUUUGAUGGAACUUUAAGAGAGAACAUUGAUCCUUUAAAUUAAAGAACAAAUGAAGAAAUAAUUAAAGUUUUGGAAUAAUGUUGUUUGAAGGAAUUGACAUAGUAGAGGAAUGGAUUAAAUACUUAGAUUAGUGAAGGAGGUGAUAAUUUGAGUUCUGGAGAAAAGUAAUUAAUAUGCAUAGCAAGAGCAGUUUUGAAAAAAAGUAAGGUUGUUUUAAUAGAUGAAGCAACUGCUAAUAUAGAUGUUGAGACUGAACAUAAGAUUUAAGAAACUAUCUUGAAUGCAUUUCGUGAUUGCACUGUUAUCACAAUUGCUCACAGAAUAAAUACUAUUUUGCAUUGUGAUAAGUAAUUAUUUAUUAUAAAAAUUAUAGAAUAAUUGUUGUUGAUUAAGGGGAAAUCAAAGAGUAUGGUAAGACUAAAGAUUUAUUGUUAUUAAAGGAUUCCAUUUUCUAUGGAAUUUAUUAAGAAGCAUUGAAACAUAAUAAAAAAUGA